GCAGAGGAGCGGGAUACGGUUCACUGUGCGUCGCAUUAAAAAGGAACAAUUAGAGGAAAAUGAGUUGUGUUACGUCGCUUUGGGCGCAUGUUUUUAUGACAACACAUCUACUCUUCGUGAUGGGAUGCGUUGCACAAAAAGUGUACUUUGACUGUGGUGCCAAGGUGGACGUGGUGGACGUCCAAGGACUCAUUCUGUCCCCUGGCUUCCCCAACAACUACUCCUCUGGGACACACUGCGUUUGGCAGUUCUUUGUGCCUGUUGAUUACCAGCUUAUUCUGGAGAUAUUUGACUUUGAUGUGUUUGAAAGCCAUGACUUCGCUGCACAGUACUCUGCUAUCUCUAAUUUUGAAGAGUCAGACGAAGAGGUGAUUUUCACUCCUGGCAUCUUAGCGGCAGAUGAAACUUCAUCAGCAGCUAAAGAUCCCAUGUUUCAGAGUGUCGGGGACGUCACAAAGACUCAGCAGACUUCCCAAGAUGGUGAGGUCAAGCAAGUAGUGGUCCAGGAACAGUCCACAAAGAUGGAGAUUGCCAAAGUCUCAAAUUCUGCCAAAAGAUCUGCGGAUGCCUCCUCUGGCCUGUCUUCGCCACCUCCUCCCUCUCUCCUGCUCCUACCUGGGACUGUGACUUCAGGAGACAUGGCUGCCUCUUCGUCUCACCUCAGGGGAGACCUCACCCCCAGUUCUGACCCAAGCACAGUUGUGGAGGAGACCACCCUUGCCUCGCCACAUUCCUCUGACACUCCAGCUAUGAGCCUGGAACCCCAGCACUCGGUGCUUGACGCCUGCCCCCACGAUGUCCUCUACAUCUCAGACCUCAUCACCUUCUCCUCCAGGUUCUGUGGGUCCAACCGGCCUCCCAGCAGCCAGCUGGUUUUCGGCUCCAGCCAGGAGAUGGUGGAGGUCAUCAUGGAGCUCAUCACCACCACCCACUGGGGCCGUGGCUUCGCUCUUCUCUUCCACUACCACAACCUGACCGAGCCAGGGGGGGACCGCCGUGCUGCUGCUCCCACAGCCAGCAAGGUUGAUUCUUUGCUGGCUGCUGUGAGCGGAGCUGCCUUCUUUGCAAUGAUACUGACAAGUGCCCUCUGCGUCGUUUUCAGACCCAAACUGUGUCCGAAAAGAGCCAGCUCCUGUGCGUCCAGCAACUCUGAGGUGCCAGUGGGAGUCCAGAACACCGGGGCUGAGGUCAGCGAGCUGCAGCUGAUUGCUGAGAAUCAGACCGACCUGGAAGUGACCAUAGAGCAGGACAACAACAACGACAGCCCGCGGCACACAGUCAGUGCUGGCGGUGACAUUUCCCAGAGUGCAGAGGUGGACCUCUCCUGCAGCGGUUUGACUGAACUCGACCUUGGUGCGGAUGAGGUUUUCAUUGUAUCUUCAGCCUCUAGCCCGAGCAGCCUACCCUUCUCACCUCACACACAGCGGGAGAGGUUUCUGCGGCACAGUGACACGGGUCCCAGCCCUGCAGGUGACUGGCACUCACCAGACUCCACCUCACCAAACGGCACCAGGUCCUCCAAGGACGGCAGCGGUGGCUGUGCCAGACCGAGAGCGUGGAGCGUACGCACCUUCCAGGACUUCCUCCCUCCUCUGCCGCAGCUGCACAAGAAGUGGUGCAGCUGGAACUCCAACAGUCCCUUCACCAAGCUGGUGGACAGCACUCCAUCCAGUUUGGUAGCUGACUGCAAAGGGGACCACGGCAGGAUUGUCUUCUCCGAUGUUCAACUGGACGCUAAGGCAGACAACAGCACCAUCUCUGACUCAUCCAUCAGCAAUGCCUCCUACCCGCUUUCACAGCCCGCCCAGAGGCAGCGGCGCCUCAACUCCAUCAGCAACUUGCGGCGCUCGCGCUUCACUGGGCCUUGCUUUGGCUUGCUUUCUGGGACGGCAGACCCAACAAAGGCAUCCGGGGUUCCUCAUGCCCAGGGAUCCCCCUCAGAGCCAAGCUCUGUCUCUUCGUCCUCCACCCAGAGUCAGAUCGAGAGCGGCCAGGCCGCAAAGAGGUGCGAGUUCCAAGGCGAGGCUGACCACAUCAGCGUGCCGGUGUUUGCCAUCUCUGAGGAGGAGGACCGGCAGCCUCUGGUCUCAGCUGAGCACCUGGAGCAGACCUCCGCCGUGCUGAAUGGAUUGGUCAAGGGGACAUAUGAGGGGAAUGGGCCUGCCAGCCUCAGCUCCCAAAGGGCCAGACCAGAGUGGAGGCCAUGGGGAAGCCAGGUGUCAGGAGGAGUUGGUGCACUCCCUUCCAACACACUCGCCACCAUGAGCGAGUCCGGCACAGUCAAUGACAGCCAGCCGUCUUUCAGUCAGUCCACAGUGCUGUGCAGUGUGAUCAACCACAUGUGAUCAGACGGGCUUUACGUUGGUGACAAGAGCAGGGACUCUGGUGGGCCACGUCCGCAUCUCUGAACUCUGUUAGUGCCACUUUGUGAAACAUAUAUAACCUACUUUUACAACAUGAUAACUACAUAUACUGUAGCCUGUCUUCUCACUCUAGUUGUUUUCUAUUUUUAUAAAUUGUGUUUGUACAAAGAUGGAAUAUUAUGCUGCUUACUGUGCCAAGGCAAUGACUGCUGUGGCAAUAUGUCUAAAAAAAAUCAUUAUUGAUUGCAAACAUGAUCAAAAAAGUAUUUUCUUAUUGAGUACUCCAGAACCCCUCAACUCGUAGGAGCACCUUAGAACCGGUUUGAUGCUAUUCAGUGAGUUCUAAUACUCCAACCAUUGCACUUUGCUUUCAGUAGCUCAUUCAUGUUGAGCCAGCUUCUGCUUUCUCCUUAAUGUGGUUAUUACUUUCAACACAAGCUUAUACAAUGACUUAUUACCCAGAAGUGUUCUGCAGAGCACGUAGAACGCACAUUAAUAUAAAUGUUGCAACAGUGUGCUGACUGUACUGUUGAGGCUUAUACUGGAUUAUAAAAGGGAAAUCAAAAUAAAGUAAACGCAUAUAGAGUACUAAUAUGUAGUAUAAAGAGAACUAGAAAUCACAAUAGUAUUUAAAAUGAGUUAUGAAUUAAUGUAAAGUUUUAAUAAAGGCUAUGUCAUUCA